AUGAAUCACGGUCGCGACGAUCCUGCAACCCAGAAACCCCCUGUCAUCGUCGCCAUCACCGUCGCCACUCUCGUUCUUGCUGCUUCAACAGUUCUUUGGCGUAAUCAUCAUAAGCACGAUUAUACACGCGCAGAAUCGUUCAAGUCCGAUGAAAAUUGUAACGCUGGUGCUACAGAGAAUGAAGCUGGGAACGUGAAGCCUAUCCGGACAAAAGAACGUCGUCGACGAGGAAAGGAUCCUAUAAAGGAACUGAUGAAAGGUGGAAAGAAAGCUAAAGAACUAAACAAGCUCAUUGAAUCAAUCUCCCUCCAUGCUACCUCACCUGCUCCGCGACACCCUUCUUAUUCUCCUUCGCGUGAUUUCGAUCCUUCCUCAGAUCAUGACUACCGAGAUGCCUCUGUAUCUUCCUUCAAAUCUAUCUCGUCUCGAGUUGAGACUGAACACGAGCACGAACUUGAAGAUGCAUCACCGAGUAGGAUUAUGUCUUCGUCCUCACCUCAAAUGAACGAUUUCUCUCAAUCACCGGUUCCUCCCACGACAUUGUCCGUCACUAACUUAACAGAUUUCUCCGGUUUUUCCGCUACAAACACGCACCACGACGAGGAACCGAAUUAUUCAAUCAUUAAAGCUAGACACAGUCAUUCAACACAGCCCCGUCAUAUCAAGACACCACCUUCAUUGUCACCCUCACGCUCUCUUCCUCUCCCAUCUAUUAGGUAUGGCAUGGAUAGAGGGGAAGGUCCAUCUUCAAUACCCGCAUCGACACAUGUUGCAGAAUCUGCCCACGAUAACGAAUCUACGGAAGAUGGUGCAACUGACCCAAGGAGGGGUAACGACCCUCCUCCGACGAGCCUGAAACGUGGGCGAAAGAGAAACAAGUCGCUUGCUCGGAAUACCAACUGGGUCGGAGAUUCUCAGGCACCUGCAGCAUCUUCCUCUACCCAUGGGGCUACAUCCACCCCAGCUGAUUUAGGUCAGCCACAACUGCCACCACUAUCUACACAAACUCAACUGGCUUCUCUUCGUGGCGCUCUGGAAGCAGCACGUUUGCGUGAAGAGAAAACACGUCAGGAGAUCGAAAGAUUAAAAUGGGAAGCUCAGCUUGCUAAGAGCAGGGAAAGCGAGUAUCACGCUCAUAUGAACUACCUUUCUCAUCAGCUCCAUUCCUACGCCUCUUUCGUCGCCACCAUGCAAGCACCUGGGCAACAACUACACCAGCCUCUAGGUUCAUAUCCCAAUCAGAUACAUCCAAUACAUAGCCCCAGUGCUGCAACCCCCUCAAUUCCAAUGUCGAUUUCAGGCCUUAGUUCAACUGAGCAGCAUCCAUUAUCAACUAAUUCCGAAACAUCUCAGCCGCCCAGCUUAGGAAAUCCCACGAACGAUCAGUCUCACCCGACUCCAGUAUCUACCACGCUUAUAACGUCUUUACCAUCUCCUUCCGGGACAGUCUCUACACUUCCGUCUUCCCGUUCACAUACGCACCUCCAAGCAUACGCGAACUCGUAUACGAUGGAACCAGGGGGGUCGGUAUUCACCCAAGAGAGUCCAGCUCGACAGUCUUCCAUCAACAUUCCCUUCAGCUCAGGUUUACCACAAGUACAACCUCUUUCUCCUGCAUCCGCACCCAACUCGCUUAAUUCCCCUGUACCUCCACAAUCGUCUUUUGUGUUUCCUCCCUUAGGCUAUGCGGCUACGACAGCUAACAGUCUCUUGAACUUCAAUCCAGUUGAAUAUAAUCCAGGAAGUGGGAUCAGUAAGGCACAGAGCAAAGCGAAGGGUAGCGCAAACCUCAAGGACAAGAGGGACCGGGUUUCCACCAAGGACGAAGGAGGCGAAGUAUUGCACAACACGACCCUCAAUAAUACCGGAGAAAUAUCAAUUCCAAGGUCAUCUGACACUUUCCAAUCUAUCACUUCCCGGGCCCCAUCUCCCACAACUUUUGAUGUAAGCUCCUUGACGCUGUGUAAGGGAGACCCGUCGGACUGUUCAUCUUCGCCGUCCUCAUCACUACCUUCAACUCCAUCGUCGAGGUCUAGGUCUCAUCACUCCCCACGGAGUGACCAACUUUCCAAAACUCUUAUAUCCGAAUCAUUACCUCCCAUGACACCCCAGAAUUACAGUCCUUUGGAGAUGUUGGGUUUGAGCAUGGAGCAAGUCAGGGACAGCAGUAGAGGGAGGACUAAAGGCUCUUUCGUACAAUCAGCCCAGCCUCCAUCUCGUUUCUCAGAAUAUUACACGGCAGCCAUCAGUGACGGUGAUCGGGAAGUUGGUGACGGUCUGAUACCAUCCUCAGGUCACAGGAUGUACGGGCUCCCGAACACGUGCUAUGGAAGCGGUUUGAGUAACGGGGACGAAGGGCCUUCAUACGAUGACGAAGGCGAUCCGUUGAAUGGCAUGCUCGCUGAUGCAAUUUUGAAGCGUCCAGAGGCUAUAAGAAUGGGGUCCGCGAGUCGUAUAUCGGAGGGAAGAUCGGAGCGUGAACGAUUGGAUGAAGCUGGGGUGGAGAUGAUGAAGGAGAGCGAGAAGGUUGCCAAAGAAGCAGGAAAUCUACCCGCUGAUUCCAUCCUGGAAUUUACAUUUCCAUCGUUAUCGAACUGGGGAAGUGUUCAACCAGCGAAGACCACUCGACGCACACAUGAAGUUUCGGUCGACAAAGCACCCUCCUCGCCCCCUUCCACACCUCCUGUUGAGCUUCGACAAUCUGGAUCAGCAACGUGA